GGGGACCCCGGGGUCCUGUGGAGUUGGCGGCCCGGGCUGUGGGCUGGGAGACCGACGCGAUGAAGCCCAGACCCCCGGGCUUUGCGGAUAAUAAACUCAAGCAGCGAAUCACCCAGUACCUCACCAGUAACAGAUGCGGCAAAUAUGUGGACAUCGGAGUCUUAGCAUCUGACUUACAAAGAAUGUACAGUAUAGACUAUGGUCGAAGAAAAAGAAAUGCUUUUCGGAUUCAGGUAGAAAAAGCAUUUAGCAUCAUUAGUAGUGAGAAAGAAUUUAAAAAUCUAACAGAAUUAGAAGAUGAACAUUUGGCUAAAAGAGCAAGACAAGGUGAAGAGGAUAAUGAGUAUACUGAAAGCUACUCUGAUGAUGAUUCAAAUGUGGAAGAUUACCCAGAUCCACAGUCAGCAAAUCACAUGAACAGUUCCCUGCUCUCGUUAUAUCGGAAAGGAAAUCCUGAUUCUGUUUCAAAUACUUCUGAGAUGGAGCAAAGAGAAACCAUCAUUUCAACACCACAGAUCACUUCCAAAACAGGCUCCAUUUCUUUGAAGACACCUGCCAGAGAUUCUGAGGGAGGAUGGUUUAUUGACAAAACACCCGGUGGAAAGAAAGACAGUUUUUCCUUGGACCUAUCAUGUGAGAAAAGUAAUCAUAAGAAGCCAAUAACUGAAAUACAGGAUUCAAAAGAUUCUUCUCUUUUGGAGAGUGAUAAAAAAAUGAAAGACAGGCUGAGGAACAAAGGAAACAAAAGGAAGAAAGAAGAUCUUCAGGAAGUCGAUGGAGAAAUUGAAGCCAUCCUGCAAAAGAAAGCAAAAGCCAGAGGGCUAGAAUUCCAGGUCUCCAGUGUGAAAUUUGAAGAUGUUGGAGGCAGUGAUACAACACUAAAAGAAGUCUGCAAGUUGCUUAUACAUAUGCGUCACCCAGAGGUGUACCACCACCUAGGUGUCGUGCCCCCUCGUGGAGUCCUUCUUCAUGGGCCCCCAGGCUGUGGGAAGACAUUACUUGCACAUGCAAUUGCUGGGGAACUUGACCUGCCAGUUCUGAAAGUGGCUGCUCCAGAGAUUGUGUCUGGAGUAUCUGGAGAGUCUGAGCAGAAGUUGAGAGAACUGUUUGAACAAGCUGUGUCAAAUGCACCGUGUAUUAUUUUCAUUGAUGAAAUUGAUGCUAUAACCCCCAAAAGAGAAGUUGCUUCAAAAGAUAUGGAACGAAGAAUUGUGGCCCAGCUCCUAACCUGCAUGGAUGAUCUGAAUAACGUGGCUGCUACAGCUCAGGUCCUGGUUAUUGGAGCUACUAAUCGACCGGACUCGUUAGACCCUGCUUUGAGACGUGCAGGAAGGUUUGACCGAGAAAUAUGCCUAGGUAUCCCAGAUGAAGCAUCCAGGGAAAGAAUACUUCAAACUUUGUGCAGAAAACUGAGACUUCCUGAGGCUUUUAAUUUUUGUCACUUAGCACACCUAACCCCAGGCUUUGUUGGUGCUGAUUUGAUGGCACUCUGCCGAGAAGCAGCCAUGUGUGCUGUCAAUAGAGUCUUAAUGAAGCUACAGGAGAAGCAGAAGAAUGAACUUGAGAUUGAAGGUUUGCCACCUGAAGGACCCCAGGAGGAAAGGCCAAGAACUGAGCCCACUUCUAAAACACAGGAUGAAUUGCAAAGUCUACUAGUGUUGCUAAGAGACCAAGAUCCCCUCUCAGAGGAGCAGAUGCAAGGACUAUGCAUUGAAUUGAAUGAUUUCAUUGUUGCUCUAUCCUCAGUCCAACCCUCUGCCAAAAGGGAAGGCUUUGUCACUGUCCCUAAUGUGACAUGGGCAGAUAUUGGUGCCCUGGAAGAUAUUAGAGAGGAGCUCACCAUGGCAAUAUUGGCACCGGUACGUAACCCGGAUCAGUUCAAAGCUCUUGGAUUGGUGACUCCAGCUGGAGUUCUGCUUGCUGGUCCUCCUGGCUGUGGGAAAACUCUGCUGGCGAAGGCAGUAGCAAAUGAGUCUGGACUAAAUUUUAUAUCUGUCAAGGGCCCCGAAUUACUAAAUAUGUAUGUUGGUGAGAGUGAACGUGCUGUGAGACAGGUUUUUCAAAGAGCCAAGAACUCAGCGCCCUGUGUGAUUUUCUUUGAUGAAGUGGAUGCUUUAUGUCCUCGAAGAUCAGACCGAGAGACAGGAGCAAGCGUCCGGGUGGUGAAUCAGCUACUUACGGAGAUGGAUGGUCUGGAAACACGACAACAGGUUUUUAUUAUGGCAGCCACUAACAGGCCAGACAUCAUUGACCCAGCAAUCCUACGCCCAGGCCGGCUGGACAAAACACUCUUUGUGGGUUUACCACCUCCAGCAGAUCGUCUUGCCAUCUUAAAAACUAUCACAAAAGUGAGUAAAGGAAAUGGUAUAUUUUUGUGUAUGUUUCUCUUGUUUUAAAUAACAGGAUGGCUA